ACCCGAGCCCCUUCAGUCAGCAGCAUGGAUAUGCCUCUAACUCGCUUCAAGGUGAGCUGGUCAAGCCUUGUUUCCUCGCAUGCUUUGACCAAUGACGUUCUUGUCUCCUCACUGAUUUUAAUCAAUCGGUAAGAUGUUCCGACGAGCCCUCGCUCUAAGCGCACCACCGACCUACUAACUUGGCCCUCCACGAUCGUCGAACGUGUUUGUACCGAAUUAGAAUGCUUCUAGAAACCCAUGCUUUUUCUAGCCCGUACGUUACAUGAUAGACGGGCCCAGUCUCGAUAUUUGUAAGUCGCAUACAUAGACGCUUGCUAUGGCUUAUAAUACGUCGGGGAGAGAGCAUCAUGAGUUCGAAGGCUAGGCUAGAAUCUAUCAUAUGUCUAUACCGAAAUGGAAAUGGAUAGUGUUACGGACGAAAGUACUUGGCGUAAAAGCCCUUCCCCUGGAAGUGAGGCUCAAGAAAAAUACCAAUGUCCUCGCUGUCCUAGCAGCUUCAAACGACCCGAGCAUCUAAAGAGGCAUCAACGCAGCCAUGACGGUCACAAACCAUUUGUCUGCUCUAUCUGUUUGAAGCGAUUCUUUAGAAGCGACAUUCUAACCCGCCACGAACUCAUGCACCUUGCAGCCCAAAGAAACAGCCACGCCUUCAAUCGAAAACGGGCCUGUACAGAAUGUGCAAGGGCACGAGAAAGGUGCUCGAGGGAUGAGCCUUGUCUGAGAUGUUCAACUAAGUCUCUUCAGUGCCUGUAUCCCGACGAUGGAUCACAGAAGUCUCAUCCCUUCGGCAAUGAGUCCCCAACCGCUCCUGGGAGCGAACACAGACUACUCGAAGACUACUCUCGAUAUGCAUCGCAAGGUUCGUCGAUGCACUCGAAACAGGAAAACUAUUCAUCAUCAUCAAACCUGAUCCAAAGGAAAUCCGUCAAUGAAGACGACGGCCCUCUUCGUGAAUUCAUACGCACGCUAAGACCCCCAGCGGGCUCGUCCUUCAUGUCAGACACAGACCGUUCGUCAAACUUACUCUUCAAACCCUCUACCUUCAAUCAAGAAGAUCAAUCGUCUCUAUCCUCGCUCGCCCUCGGCGGUGGAGCGGGCGAGCCCAACGGUUUCGAACACAAGAGACUCGAGGCGGGUCGCCAAGCUUCGCUAUUCGACCAGCCGGGAAGCUCUUCCUUCACCCCCGCGCGCAUGCAUGACGCGAUCAACCUCGGCGAAGCUCGUUUCGGCCAAGCGCCGCUCGGCGACUAUUCCAAUCUCUGCCCCCCGCCCGCGGCCGCGGCCGCGGACCCGCCUUUCGAUUUCCAUUCCGAGGCAGGGCCUGGGUCGAGGGAUAACAUCGACCCAUUCUUGUCGAUGCGCACUGGACAUGGCGCGGGCGACCUUUCGUCUGUGUCGGAUCCUGGAGGUCUGGGUCCGACGAUGACGACGACGACGACGAGUGCGGGCCCCUCGACCGCGUUGACGGGGGCCGCGUCGCCGGGGCUGUUGUCCAUGGCGGAUUUCAGCUCGAGGCCUAUUAAUUUGAAGGCGUACGAGGUCAUCGCGAGUAAUUUCAAGGAGCUGUCGCUGGAGUUCGGAGGAGGCUCCUCGUCGGCUCGUAGUAAUAAUAUCUCGGAGUCCCAGCGCACUGCUCAGCAUGAGCUCUUUGUGAAACUCUACUACGAGCACUUCAAGCAGCAGGCUUACUGACCGACCGGCUACCUGGUUGCGGGGGGGGAUGCACGCGCGCCGCUCUGCUAACGUGGGCAUGAGAAUCCGACUGGGGUGGACUUCGUACAUAGCUCCUGUCGGCCUUCAGUC